AUGACUUUAAUUAUAAGAUGUGUAGAUUUGGAAAGUGUUCCAUUAAAAGUUGAAGAGUUUUUUUUAGAGUUUUUAAUUGUAGAAGAUACAUCCGGUCUUGGUCUUUUUAAUGUUUUACAAGAUGCCCUAAAAUCUCUUGAUUUGGAUAUUAAUUAUGUUCGUGGUCAAGGGUAUGAUAAUGGGGCAAAUAUGAAAGGUAAACACAAAGGUGUUAAAAAACAAUUGCUUGAUAUAAAUAAUAGAGCUUUUUAUAUGCCUUGUGGAUGUCAUAGUUUAAAUUUGGUUUUGUGUGAUAUGGCAAAUUCUUGCCAAAAGGCAAAAACUUUUUUUGGUACAUGUCAAACGCUUUAUAAUGUUUUUUCCAAUUCAACCAAAAGAUGGAGUGUUUUACUUGAGUUUGUUGAUGAUCUAACACUUAAAUCAUUAUCAGCUACUCGUUGGGAAAGUCAUAUUGAAUGUGUUAAAGCAAUAAAAACACAAUUUUAUCAAAUAAGAAAAGCUUUUAAAAAACUAUCUAUAAUAAGUGAUAAUGGACAAGUGUGUAGAGAUGCUGAUUCACUAGUAAAUGGUGAAUUUUCUAGUUUUGAAUUUAUUUUAAGUUUAGUUAUAUGGUAUGAUAUUUUGUACAAAAUUAAUUUGGUAAGCAAAAAGUUUCAAUCCAAAGAAAUGCUUCUUGAUGUUGCUGUAAAAAAUUUAGAAGGGUUAAUUAAUUAUUUUGAAGAAUAUAGGGAAAGUGGGUUUGACUUUGCUAUUAGUGAAGCAAAAGAAAUAGCAAAUAGUGUUAAAGUUAAACCCGAAUUUCCUCAAAAACGCAAUAAAAAAAGAAAACAACAUUUUGAUGAAAUUCCAAAUACCGAAAGAGAACACCAAUCUUCUCAAGAAGCAUUUAAAAGAGAUUAUUUUUUUAUUCUUGUUGAUAUGGCUCUUGUUCAAUUGAAAAGUAGAUUUGAACAAAUGCAAUAUUUUGAAUCGAUAUUUGGUUUUUUGUUUGAUGGUUCCAAAUUAGUUUCUUUAGUUGAUGAUGAAUUAAAGAAAUGUUGUUUAAAUCUUGAGUCCAAUUUGAAAAAUGGUGAAGAUUAUGAUAUUGAUGGAGAUGGUUUAUUCAUUGAGUUAAAACUUUUGCAGAAAAUGUUGCCGGAUGAAGCAUACAAAAGUCGAAGUCCUUGGACAUCUAUUCAAAUAAUGGAGUAUGCAAGAAGAAUGGAUAUGUUCCCUAAUGUGUUGGUUGCAUAUAAGAUAUUAUUGACGGUGCCGGUUACGGUUGCUUCUGCGGAAAGAAGUUUUUCAAAAUUGAAGCUUUUGAAAUCGUAUCUCCGAAGUACCAUGACUCAAGAAAGAUUGAAUGGAUUAGCAAUUUUAAGUAUUGAAAGUGAUUUUCUAAAAAAUAUUGAUUAUUGUAAAAUAAGAGAUGUUUUCGCUUCAAAAAAUGCGCGAAGACAUCGUUUUAGGUGA